AAUGUGGCUCUGUUUCCGUUCAAGUUCAAGUACGAGAUUUCGUUGAUUCUAUAAGCCGAAAGAGUUUGAACUAUAUUUUGUCUGUUUCUUUUGCUGUUUGUUUGGCCUCUCGCAUGUUCGUGUUUUACACAGCUCCAGUCUCACUGCGAGGCGGAUCUUGAUGAAGUUUUGGUUUCCCCUACUCACUCGUUUCUCAAUGAAUGCUUUUCGAUUCCUCUGAUCAACUAUUUGAAAGUUACGCACAUUGAAGUUCGUGAUCAUAAGCGAUCUUUUCGGCCAUAUUCCUUCAGAAUUUGUGGUUUAGAUUGCCAUUUUUGUGCUAGUUGCAUCGUUUGAGCUGGUUGUUGGGGUUAGAAGCAGUUUCCAUGGAAAUGAGGAGACGGUUUAGUGAUCGACUAGGUUGCUGAAGAACUUGAAAGAGUGCAGAGAGUUUAUCAUUCAUAUGGGAGAUGUGGCGAAGGAUCUUGCUGCUGGGACUGCUGGGGGAGCAGCUCAAUUGAUAUGUGGGCACCCAUUUGAUACAAUAAAGGUCAAGCUUCAAAGCCAACCCGCCCCACUUCCUGGCCAACUUCCCAAGUAUUCUGGAGCAAUUGAUGCUGUCAGACAAACUUUAGCUUCAGAAGGCCCAAGAGGAUUGUACAAAGGUAUGGGAGCUCCAUUGGCUACGGUUGCUGCAUUAAAUGCCGUUCUCUUCACUGUAAGGGGACAAAUAGAGUCCUUCUUUAGGCCUUAUCCUGGUGCCUCCCUUCAAGUUAACCAACAAAUGGUUUGUGGGGCUGGGGCUGGCGUUGCUGUGUCUCUUCUAGCUUGUCCCACUGAGUUGAUCAAGUGCAGACUGCAAGCUCAGAGUGCAUUGGCAACAUCCUCUUCUGUUGGUGUGGCAGUGAAGUAUGGCGGUCCAGUUGAUGUAGCCAAGCAUGUUCUCCAGUCGAGUGGAGUGAAGGGUCUUUUUAAAGGCUUGAUUCCAACUAUGGCACGAGAAGUUCCCGGAAACGCUGUGGCGUUUGGUGUAUAUGAACUGCUAAAACAGCACUUUGCAGGAGGUCGAGACACUUCUAAUCUAGGAAGAGGCUCUCUGAUGGUAGCAGGGGGUGUAGCUGGAGCUGCCUUCUGGCUAGCCGUCUAUCCAACUGAUGUUAUCAAGAGUGUGAUUCAGGUGGAUGAUUACAAAAAUCCAAAGUUCUCUGGUUCUAUGGAUGCCUUCAGAAAAAUCAUGGCCUUAGAAGGAGCUAAAGGCCUAUACAAAGGAUUUGGACCUGCCAUUGUUCGUAGUGUUCCAGCUAAUGCAGCUUGCUUCUUGGUAUACGAGAUCACCAGAUCAAGUUUAGGUUAAAAAAAUUCUUUUGGAAAUUCUUGUUUUGUUCUGCUUCUUAAUGCAUAUUAUUGGUUAUACGGUAUCCCAUGGCUUAUAGGAAAAGCCAUUGUGGCAAUCCAACGUAGCCUCCUCAAGCAUUGGUCUCUUUUUCCCCUUUCCUUCUGCGGUAAUUUGACUUGGGUACUCAGAGAAAUUAAACUUCCUUCGUUGGCGUUUUCAUUU